CUAAUAAUUAUUUCACACUCAGGAUGAAGGAAACAGUGGCGGCGAAACACUCGAGAUGUAUCCACCUGAAAAGGAAGGAAAUGAAUCUCUCUUUUUGCUCAAACAGGAUGUUUCAGAGGACAGUGAUGACAAUGGCAUUUUCCAAAACAUUUCUCCUGAAUUGAAACAGCCACAAACUGGUGUGUCUACACCACAAUCGUCUACAUCACUCGAACAGGUAAAUUAUUGUCCACAUACCAUUAUUUUUAAUGAAAUUACAUCACAUAUUUCUUAUUUUUAAUAAUUAAUGUGUUUUAGGACUGGAGUACAGAUUCACCCAACAACAGUGACAGUAAUGCUGAAGAGGAAUUCUACAAAUGCUCAUUGCCACAGCAGCCUUGUUUUUUUUUUCAUUGACCCGAAAGACUGGCAAGACCUAAGAAAAACGCAGAAAGGGAGGCUUUUCAAAGGACUGCAGUGGACUAAUGUUGUAGCCACUGGCAUUAAGUCAGUACACCCAUUUUGCAGUUUUGGAUUUAAGAGGCAUACCAUCAACACCAGUCAGUCACGGUCUAAGAGGGCUGUGUUCUCAUGUAAGGCAUACUGCCGUUUUAAGGAUUGUCCAGUGACUGUGACAGUGGAGGUUAAAGAUGAAAAAACCCUGAAGGCUGAUGUGCUUUUCCAAGGAGGUGAGGUGUGCCACAACACAAAGGAAAUAAAAACAAGACCUGUGCGUGGACACUCCAGAGACGAAAUAGCAGAACAACUGGAAACCAAAAUGCCAAGAAGUCUUUAUCUGGAUUCUCUAAUUAAAAUACCAGAAAAAGCUUUCCAAGCCGGGUGUCGGGAUGAGGCUCCAUCUAAAGAGGUCUUGAAAAAUAUUGCCUGGUCCCACAGAACAAAAGACAGACCUCAUUUAAAUGAGAUGGCCAGUCUGCAAAUUUUACUUGACAGACAGCAAGGACUUCCAAACGAAGUCCUUCAGAGAGUGCUCCUGCAUCCAAAAGGUAUAAUGCUCUGGUCCCGAAAAACACUUACAGUGUUUUACCAACGGUGCAAAGAUGACAUAGUAUAUUUUGAUGCAACAGGAAGCAUUAUCUCAAAAGAUAAUGCUUCUGCUACUCCGUACUAUGUGUAUGAAAUUAUAGUUCGAAAUCCCUUCAAGGGAUCCUCACCUCUUCCAACAGCAACUUUUGUUACAUGUGACCAUACCACGGCUUCUGUAACAUAUUUUGUACAAGCAUUUCAAACAGAGCUUACACGAAUGUAUGGAAGCAGGGCAAACAAAAGGCCAGUAAUGAUCAUAUGUGAUGGCUCACUGGUGCUUCUCCAGUCCAUUGCGAUAACAUUCUGCAGAGCAAGUUUGGAAGACCUCUUGGAGAGAUACUUCCAGGUUAUCACAGGACAGUUGGACACGGAUAACUUCAACAUACCCAUUCUCCACCGGUGUUUGAGUCACAUCAUGAAGAACGCAAAGGAUCUUUGCAAAAAGAGACUUGAGAAACACUACAAAUUUGGCAUGCACGUUUUUGGAUUACUGGCCUGUUCUUCCAACCUGAAAGAUUUCGAUGGCAUUAUUGUAAGUGCAACAGUAGUUUUCAAAAGUCCAUGCAGUGGACCAGAAGUGCAAAAACACCUGCAGAACCUCAAACUGCUGAUCAAUCCGACGGGAAAUGGUGAUGAUGAAGAAAAAGACAUCAUUCCAGAGGACUACAAGGUAAUUUUAAAAUUAAGUUUGGUUUUCAAUGGUUGAGAUAUU